AAGGAUUAGCUUUAUGUGUACCGGAAACGCGACAAGCAGUCCAGAAUUUUCUUGAAGAAGCUGCCAAAUCAAAAUUUGAACUGGUGGACGUUUCAGUUCCGUUACACGUACAUGGAACGUCAUUGAUCCUAACCUUGAGUGCACAAAGCUGCUUAAACUGCCUCAAAAUGGGAGCGAGCCCCCAGUUCGUAGAUGGCCUGUACCCAACAAGCCUAGAGAAGGCCGUCCGUCAAGGCUUGCAGUGCUCGGCUGGCUUGCUCGCCCCCCGGGUUAAAAGCUUCUCCAUCCUCGGGGAGCUCCUGCAACGUCGCUAUGGCAACCACUACUACUGCAAGUCCCGGAACCUCGGACUGGAGCUGACCCGCCAGUACGACGAGGCGCUGACCGGAUGUGACGUCAUCGUGAUGCCGACCAUGCCCCACGGCGCGACACGGCUCCCGGAGAAAAAAUCUACAGCCUCUGCUUCGCUUACAGCAUACUUGAAAGAGAACAUCGACCAGAUAGACAACACGUGCCCUGCCAAUAUGACUGGUCACCCAGCCUUGACCUUGCCGCUAGGUCAACUGGGUGACGGGUCUAAAGACAGUCUGAUGAUCGUCGGCAAGAAAUUUGAUGAGGUGACAGUACUACAGGUGGCCAGGACUUUGGAGAAACUGAUUGUUGCCAGACAUUAGCACACGAUAUGGAAAGACAAAAACAAAUAAAAUGUUAAACAUGACAUAAAGAGAACUAAAUUAAAAUAAAUGAGUAGGGUUCGAUUUUCACAAUGAGCUGCAUGUACUUUUAAUAACAUUAUUCUGGUUGAU